UUUUUUUUCUUUUUUUUCUUUUUUUACGUUAUCUCAAGUAUAACACAAGCAACGAUUAUUGAAAUAAAAGAGAAGUUUGUAGAUGGCUCAACGAUCGCACGUAUAUGUGUACUUACUUGCGUGAAUAUAAAACGAACGGUGUUUGCCGAAUACGGUCUCGACAAUUUCUCUUUCGAGUUGUGGAUAGACAAAAAUUUUCUUCUCUAAAGGAUUAGAAAUGAACGGGGAUGGAGAUAAGGGAAAGUACAUGUCACCUCAUGGCUCGAAAACCUGGGAGUAUCUAGCGAUCUUCGUUUGUACCGUGUUAACUUUGUGCAUUGGUAUAUUGUUCGGAUGGAAUUCACCGACGAUCGUAUUGCUGUUAAAACCAAAUUCGCCAAUUCCUGUUACCAUCUCGGAUAUAUCAACUUUAACGGCUUCGUUGACGUUAGCUCAAAUGUUAGGAUCAUUUAUCAAUAUGUUUGCAAUUGACAAAAUUGGAAGGAAAUACACGCUAUUGUUUUGCGGUCUACCAAUCGUCGCCAGUUGGUGUUUAAUCAUAGUCGCGAAGAGCGUCUCAGUAUUGUACGUAGCAAGAUUUUUCUCCGGUAUCUCUGUAGGAUUGGUUUUCAUCAUUACACCGAUGUAUUUGGGUGAAAUAUCAUCGAUAAAGACACGUGGUAUUAAUGGAACAUUAUUAGGAAUCACAUCUAAUCUCGGUAUCCUGUUGUCUUAUAUAAUAGUACCCUAUCUAACGAUAACAACAACAGCCAGUAUUUUUCUAAUCCCAUCGAUCUGCUUCGUCAUUCUCCUUCCUUUCAUACCAGAAUCACCAUAUUAUCUCGCAAUGAAAGGUAAAAUUGAGGAGGCCGAAAAUGUUUUAGAAAAAUUGCGCGGUAAAAUUGACGUUUCCGAGGAAUUAAAUAUGAUCCUUGAAUCAUUGAAGAAAAAGGAUGAAAAUAAGGGAGGAAAUAUGAGCACGUUGAAGGAGAUAUUUAUGAUCAAGGGAAAUAGACGAGCCUUCUUAAUAAUCCUUUUAUUCGUCACAUGUAAUCAUUUCAGUGGUUUCAUAACAAUGAUAAUUUAUGGACAAUUGAUAUUCAAAGAAACGUUAAGUGGAAUGUCUCAUUAUACCGGGAACAUAAUUGUCGGUAUUGUAUUGUUAUUAUCAUCUAUAUCAAUGAUUUUCUUUGUCGAUAAAUUAGGUCGUAAACCAUUGAUAUUCGUAUCCGGUAUUAUAAUUGGAUUUUGCAAUCUCACCAUUGGUUCUUUCUUUUACGUUAAGGAUUAUAUCAACGAGAACAUAUCUACGUAUUUUUUAAUACCAUUAAUAGCAUUUAUUAUAUUGAUUUUCUUUUCUAAUUCAAUGUCCAAUCUUAUGUUGAUCAUGAUAUCCGAAAUAUUCUCGAUCGAAGUAAAAGCCUUUAGUUCUUGUGUCAUUGGUAUUGCCGGUGGUUUAUUUGGUACGAUUGUUAGCAAGCUUUAUAUUUUUAUUUCUAUAUAUCUGAAUUACGGCCAUUCUGUUCCCUUUUUUGGAUUUUGUAUUAUCAUUUGGAUAAUUAUCUUUAUAUUAUUUAAUUUAGUACCGGAAACAAAAGGCAAGACAUUUCAAGAGAUUCAACGAAAAUUAAAUAAAUGA